UAAUCUUCUUUUGAUUCAGUGAUUCAUGCAGUUCAUUUAGAAAUGUGCCCCUGUGUAUCGUCACAUCAUGCUUUACCAAAUGGAAAAAAAAUACUUAGUGACCCAUUCUAAAGUAGAAAGAAUUUCAUUUCAUUUACAUGGACGAGAGGAUGAAUAUCUUUCUUUCUGUCUGUUUUUUCUCUUUAGCCUCGUCUCUAGUGUCUCACAGGUUUGUGACGGUGCGACGGGGGAGCCCAGCAGCACGCAGUGGUCAGAUCCAGCCGGGGGAUCAGCUGGAGGCCGUGGAGGGCAAAUCAGUGGUCACGCUGCCUCACAGAGACCUCGCACAGAUACUGCGCAGAGCCGGCAACACACUCAGACUCACCAUUAUACCACGCUCUCACACUAACAAUAAUCUACCUGAGUACCCUGACUUUGAUGCUGAGAGUCGGUUAAGAAAAGGGCAUCGGGCUAAGCAAAAGGAUUCCCAGUAUUACAGCGUUGAUCUUGAAAGGGGGCCAACAGGGUUUGGUUUUAGUUUGCGAGGUGGAAGCGAAUAUAACAUGGGUCUGUAUGUGCUCGGUCUAAUGGAGGGUGGACCGGCCUCACGCAGUCAGAAAAUGCAGGGAUGUUUGAAAGUGUGACUCAAGCACUAGGAGCAGCACUGAGUCAUGUUGUGAAGAUUAUGCUGAGGCAUGCUGGGAUUAGGUUCUGUCGUUGACAUUACGCUGAGUCACAGAGGGUUUUGCUGACUCAUAUUGCAGGUGAGUGAUCAGCUCGUGGAGAUUAAUGGAGACAGCAC